CAUAUAAGUAAUUACGCACGGAAAGCUGCAUCUCAGUUGCUGGAUAAAGCGUUCGGGAACCUGUUGACGUGAAGAUGCUUCGUCUUGUUUUGUUGCUGUAGCUAUUGGUAAAUUGGCAUGGUGUGCCUCACCUCCGCCCCAUUACCCCCACGUAGACCGAUGUGCAGCUCUCUUCUGUUUCGGUGUCAACAGAGAAGAUUGCCCGGGCGAGUAUCUCGACUACCACCCACCAGAGCGCUGCUGUAGUGUGUGCAUCGUGUAUAAAGGUUUGAAUGAGCCAUGUGGGCGUAAACAAUUACCGUUCACUGUAAAAUGCAGGAGUCCCUAUAUCUGCAAGAACGACAUUUGCGUGGAAUGAAGAAAUGCAGGCCGGCGGAUGCUAGGAAGUCAUCACAAUGUUUGAGACUAAAGAAAUAAAGAAAAGUACGACAGUGUCAAGAAUUAAUACAGCAUUUACAAACAGGUCUUUUGAAUGAAUAAAAUAAACUCAACGAAACGUGCAAUAAGAUUACAUUACAAGCACAGCGCGCUGUUGGACAUGCGCAAACUUUCCAUUAUGCCUUCAUUUACUCAUUUCCUCCAAAGGGUACAUACCAAGAAAAAGACAUUUAAAACAAUUUCCUUAAUUGUGAUUCAGUCAAUAAUCUCAUUUUUAAGAAAGGAAAAUAUACUCAUUUGAUUAUACUUAAACGGGACGGCUGCGUACAGCCGUAGUAGGAUUAGAGAAAAAUAUAAACUAUAGGCUAUAAAUAGCUCAGUCGGUAUGUGACUAGGCUACGUGAUCAACGACUGAGGUUCGAUAUCAUUUAAGGGCAAGAGACUCUAGGGCCCACCCAACCCCUUAUCCAAUAGGUUCAUGCCUUCAUGGCGUAGUGUUUAAUUACGCAAUUCAGCAUAGAGAUAGUUUUACGUUUGAAAAGCAGGGAUAGCUCGGUCGGUAGAGCGACGGAUACGGGCUGGACUGACGUGGUUCGAUUCCUGACUGGGGCAAAAUAUUUUUCUCCGUAACGUCCAGACCGACUCUGGAGCACAUCCAGCUCCUUAUCCAGUGGGCCCCGGGGGUUCUUUUCCCGGGAUAAAGUGACUGGUUUGUGAAGCUUACCACCCACCUCCACCUAUUGCCGAGGUCAGGAAUGGUGGAGUUAUAACUCCGGUCCCUCACACUUCAAGAUCGUCAAAAUGGCGUGGUGCUUAGUUAAUUAAGCACGGAGACAAAUUUUCCCUUACGUUUAUAAAUAUAAAUAUUUCAAAUAUUAAUGUUAAAAGUUAGAGUUGCUUUUAAAUAUGGUGCCACCAACUAUUUCAAUAUACAGAACCACCAAACCGGACCCAUACGUAAAACUACUAUUGAUGCCCAUGCCUACCAAUAUCCUCACACUUAAGUUCGCCAUCCCGUCUACUGCUUGUGAGUUCAGUUUCGUCAUGUUAGCUAUUCCUCUGAUUAUCUUUGCCAUAUGUGGCCUCUGGUUAAUAGUGAUUCGUGAUUUCGUGAUCGUGUUCGAAAUAAGUUUCGUAUGUUAUUAUUGGAGGGAAUGAUAAAGUAAUGUAGAAUUCAGUUAAGAUAAUAUUGUUUUUAAUGUGUACUCCAGUUUUUCUACUUGAUUCGUUUAUUUAUCGCUAUAUAGUAAAGUUUUUGGAGGAGUGAGUGAAGUGAGGUUACAUUUGGAUAUACGUUAAGGUAAUUUUAAGAUGCCUCUUGGAAUAAAACCGGAAUGUGUCAAGUGCCAGAAAACUGAAUGUACUAUGUGGAAAAAUACUCCGGAAGGUAAACUGUGCAAUGAUUGCUUUAAUUUUAAUGAAAAGAAUAGCAGUAAUAUUAAAGUGGAAGAGCCCGUGAACGCUUGUAAAUCUGGUCCACAUGAAGCUGGCGGACCAAAAAUUGCUACAAGAAAAAGUACAAGAAAUACAAGAAGCUACAAAACAAGAUUAAACCCUUAUGCUUUACCGAAACCAGUUGCUCCUAAAGGAAAGGGGAGGCGAGUUAUCUUUAAAAAAUGUUGUACAAAAGCACCUGCAGCUGUUGCUACACCUGUCACAAGUGAUUAUGUUUUCUAUAAGGGAAGCUAUUUUCAGGUUGGAGACAUUGUAUCCAUGCGAGAUGUUGAAGGUGGACUAUAUUAUGCCCAGAUCCGUGGUUUGCUUACAGACCAAUACUGUGAGAAGAGCUGCGUAGUGACGUGGUUGCUUCCUACACAGGAAAGUCCAAACACAGAGGAGGGAUUUGAUCCUGCCACCUACAUCAUAGGACCAGAAGAGGAUAUUCCACGGAAACUUGAGUGUGUAGAGUUUGUAAUGCAUGCACCAUCAGAUUACUUCAAGGCUCGAAACACUCCGUUCCCACCUACUCAUGUUGAUGGUUCCGAAAGUAAUUUUAUCUGGACAAGACUUGCACCACAGAUGAGGUCCACGUGAUGUGAAUACAUAAAACAUACCUCAAGAAUAUGUUUAACUAUAAUGAAGCCAUGGAAAGAAGACCUUCAUCACAUUUAUCUCAGUUAUGCUUCCUCCUUCAGCAUACUCCUGUAUAUUCUCCAGUUGUGUACCCAUUCUGAGCUGUUCUGUUCACACAAAUGUUGACAGUGAUAACCACUCAUCACAAGUGCUGUGUGCUGGUUGACCUAGGCCAUGCAGGGCUGGAAAGCAUUACACAUAUGGGCAGACCAUCCAUGAGAUUUCUUUCCACAGCUUCAGUUUGUCCUCUUCAAACUACAUUUUUUAACCAUUUAUUUUUGUAAAGAAAAGUAGGCUUAUUUGUAUCAUUGUAUCUAUCUGUUGAUCUUUUGCUGUAUGUCCUCACUAACAUUUUAAUAUAUUACUGACAGCAGAGGACACUCCACCUACCAUCAGUAACACCAUAUGCAAGUCAUGCAAACUUCUGAGAUGAGAGUAACAUCAGUACACCUUCUCUGUAAUCCUUAAGUUUGAUGUAAUAAAUGUACAAGAAUAUAUGCAA